AAGACAUGUGACUACUUGGAAAGAGUGAUUAACAAGUAAUUGACAAUAUUCAUUAUCAGUAUCAGAGGAGGCGACACACUAGCUCUGUUUAAACAAGAAAAAACACAAACAAGUGUAGAGAUGGCAGCACCUAACCAGAAAAGGACAAUAGGAUUCGAUUGUGAGUUUGUGAAGCCACCACCUUCGGAAUACGUCCAGUCACUGUGUCCAGUUUGUCUCCAGAUUAUUCGAGAGCCCCACCAGGUCACAUGUUGUGGAAAGAAGUUUUGCCAAGCUUGUAUUGAACACGUCAAAGCAACUAAAAAUGUGUGCCCAACUUGCAAAACAAUAGAGUUUUCGAAUUUCCCCGACAUAGGUGUAAAACAAUUACUCUACGAUUUGAAGGUUCGCUGUAGCAACAAGAGAGACGGGUGUGAGUGGACGGGGAAACUGAGAAAGCUUGAUGAGCACCUCAAUACAGAUCCACGACCAGAAAAACAACUCAAUGGAUGUCAGUUUGUCGAGAUCGAUUGCAUCUAUAAUUGCAGGAACCAUCAGCAGCGAAGGUACAUCCUAUCCCACCAAGAUAAAAAUUGCCCCAGACGACCAAUCAGUUGUGAGCAUUGCCAUGACUACAAAUCUACCUAUGAUGAUGUCACCAACAACCACUGGCCUGUGUGUGGAUUCUUCCCUGUCCCCUGCCCUAACCAGUGCGGUUCAACUAUCCAACGUCAGAAUAUAGACAGCCAUGUUGCCGAUGAGUGCCCCCUGACCACCAUCAACUGUGACUUCCACCACGUAGGCUGUGCUGUGGAACGCCAUCGAAAAGACAUGCCAGAACAUCUGAGAGAGAAUCCACUCACACACGUCUCUCUAUUGGCCACCAGUCAUGCCAAGCAACAAUCUGAGAUUACACAACAAAGAGAAGAAAUCACCAGUUUGAAAGCUGAUGUUAAAACUGAUCUGGAGCGAAUGCAACAACUGCUCACGACAGCACCACCUCCCAUCGUGAACUCUAUACCUCUUGGUCCCCCUGUCCUUACAAUGACUGAAUUUCAACGGCACAAAAAAACUAACAACCGCUGGUUCUCCCUUCCAGUCUACACCUACCAUCAAGGAUACAAGAUCUGUCUCAGAGUGAACGCUAACGGCUUCGCCAAAGGCAAAGGAACACACGUCUCAGUGUGGGUGCACUUCAUGAGAGGAGAGUUUGAUGAUUCUCUGAAAUGGCCGUUUCGUGGUGUGAUUUCAUUUCAAUUACUGGACCAGGUCAAUAGCGACCAUAAAACAGGCACAAACAUCUAUGACGAUAAAACAUCUAACAAGAACUGUACCAGAGUGACAGAGGGAGAGAGAUCAGAAGGGCGAGGAAAAGCAACGUUCAUUGCUCACACUGAACUGGAGCCCAAAUAUUUACGAAACGACACCCUUCUCUUCCAAAUACACAAAGUAGAACUGAAGUAGUUGCUUUAAGAGUGCAUGAUAACUACACAGACAAUUAUAACUGCAAUAGUAUACUAUAGUGUAGACUGCUACGUGCAUGUGAUGUACAUUGAAAAUUGGUUAGCACUAA